AUCGACACCAGGGAAAGUAAUCAUUGUAGUGAUCCACUUUUAACCGGGCUGAUUGUGACCAAUUUGGGCAAGGAACACUUUGUGGCCUCGUUUGGCUUUUUAGCCCAGUUUGUGGCCCACUUCUGUUUGUCUCCUGAAGCAAGAUCGAUUUUGGGACAAUAAACGUGCACUUGGGUCUUACGUACCAACUUAUCGCUGUUCUCUUUCCGGCUUGUUUUUUUUUUAAUUAAAUCCGCUAUUAAUGGCAGGGUGAUUUGCCAAUGUGAACAUUCUAUUUGUUUCCUUUACUUUUUACUGGAACAAGAACAUCCUAAAUCUGUCACACCUCACUUCCGCGCUAACCGGCCGUGCAAAAUGUCAUCAUGUCAAGUCAAGUGCCGAUUAACGAUUCCAUUACAAGCCAUCCGUCCUGUUUGUGUGUCAUCUAUAACAAGUUCUAAAAAUAGAGCCAACUUUUCUUUGCCUGCGUUCUGGCGCCGCCUCUGCGCCGAGCGUAGACGCAUUAAGAGGGGGUACAAAAACUGCUAAUCCUGACGUGCGGCGCGGAGGUGGGCGUGCUUGCGCCUCAACUUUCCUCACCGAUGCUGCUUCGCCGUGGCGAUUUACGAAACACUAUCUCAGCCCCAGGGAGAGGGAGAGAGAGGGGGGGGGGGAGUCUGUGUUAUUUCAUCAGCGGGCGGAAAAGUUAGCAGCUACCCUCCAACACGUGCGCGUCCUCCCGGAUCUCAUUAAUGGGAUUAGAUUGUUUGAGGGCGGCUGGACACUGAGCUGCAGGUGUCUGGAGGCCGGAUGGACAACAUGUCUCCUCAACAUCAACAAGACAGACUGAGCCGGAGUGCAGGAGACACCGACAACAGACGGCGGAUGAGGUCCCAAAGUGUUCGGCGUCAGUCCGCCCCCUCUUUGGUCAUCAGCAGGGCUCUGGCCAGGUCAAAGACGCUGUCCAGAGAGAGUCUCCCAGUUCCAGUGUUCCCAGAAACAUGCUCCUUGGUCCAGUCCUUCCUGAGAGCGCCCAAUCGGUCGUUUCUCCUACACGGACACACUCAGCUGAAGACUGGCAUGCAGACUCAGGACAGACACCUCUUCCUGUUCACAGACGUCCUGGUGAUCGCGAAAGCCAAGUCAGCCAACCAAUUCAAACUGAAGGCCCAAGUGUGUGUGUGCGAAAUGUGGACAGCAAGUUGCAUGGAGGAGGUGUGUGAGGGAAGCACCUGCCCCGAGAGGAGCUUUGUCUUAGGCUGGCCCACCUGCAACUCUGUUGCUACAUUCAGCUCUGCGGAACAAAAAGAGCAAUGGCUCUCCCUCCUCAAAAGUCGCAUUAAAGAGGAGAAAGAGAAGGAAGAACCGAAAACCAUCCCUCUCAGGGUGUAUGGGAAGGGACUCAAUACUUACGCUGUGACCAAGACUUUGCCCGUCAGCAACUCUGAUUCCACCACUGAGGUGAUUCGACUGGCUCUGCAGCAAUUUAGCAUCAUUGGAAAUGUGAAGGACUACCAGCUGUGGAUCCUCUCCAAAAGGGACAAUACACCCUAUCCUCUUAUUGGUCAUGAGUUCCCCUUCAGCAUCCACAUGAGUCAUGUGAGACAAGCGUUGUCCCAGAGCGCCACCUCGCCUGAGGACAGAGUGAGGGCGAUACAGGCGGAGCAGCUGCUAGUGCGCAAGCGGUGCCAGUUCAUCCUGAAGCCCCGCCCUGAGGAAGUGCUUCAACCACAGGUGCUGGCAGAUUUCACCCAGAAACCACUGAGAAGGAGGCGGUCCCUCAUCACUUGGGCCUUCUUGCGAGGCUCGUCCCCUUAUUUAGGGUUAUCCACAGGAAGCGCGUCCCAGGGCUGCUUGUUUGGUCGGCCCCUCAGCACUGUGUGCACGGACGACGCACUACCUAAGCCCGUGAUGGACAUGCUGACGUUCCUGUAUCACGAGGGCCCGUGGACACGGGGCAUCUUUCGGCGGCCGGCAGGCGCUCGUGCCGUCAGGGAGCUGAGGGACUCGUUGGAUUCCGGACAGUUUCUUCUCCCACUGACACGGGACCACAUCUUCAUCAUUGCCGGAGUCUUCAAAGACUUCCUGCGCAACAUUCCUGGCAGCCUGCUGUGUUGUGAGCUGCAUGAAGAGUGGAUGGAUGCUUUGGAAGAUGAAGAGGGGGAGGAGGAACAGGUCCAAGAGAUACAAAGAAUGAUGAGUCGGCUGCCCAAAGACAACGCCCGGUUGCUACACUACCUGUUGGCUGUGCUGCGCAGUAUCCAAGGUAACGCCCAAGAGAACCAGAUGACGAGUUUCAACUUAGCGGUGUGCAUCGCUCCCAGCAUGCUUUGGCCACCCGGAGCACUGUGUAGCCCAGAGGCAGAGAACGAAGGAACCAGGAAGGUGUGUGACUUGGUGAAGUUCAUGAUAGAACACUGCCAGCAGAUUCUGGGAGAGGAGCCUUCCUCUCUGUUUGGAGGUUUGCCACAAAGACUCUGCGCUGACGAGGAGACAGGAUCUGAAAAGUGGAUGUAUCCUCUGACAGACUCGUCCUACGACAGUCUAGAAAAUGAGUUGGACACGAGCAGUGGCGGCUCACCAAGUUUUUGCAGCAGACGUCUCAGAUCCAAACCAGGGAGUCUGGACUCGGUCCUCACCUUCAGCGACUACGACCAGGACACCGAUCCCGACACACUGCACCCUAACGGGCAGCUGCUGAGAGGGAGCAGAGGGAGGAGGCUGCACUCAGGAACCUCCUGCCCCAGCCAAGAGGCACCGCCUGUGGACCCCGCCUCAACCCCGGACUCCCUUUCCCCACAUAGUGUGCACAGGCCGCGUCGCCGCUCGGAACCAGCACUUGUGUAUGCAGCCAAGAUUCAGUCGUGCUUUUUGGCGAGCACAGAUGGCCUCACCGGCGAGGAUGACGACAACAAAGAUGAGUACCCCUCAAAGCCGACCAGUCACAGAGCAGAGGCAGGGCUUCACCAGAGGCGGAGGAGGUCAUCAGCAGCCCUGGAAGCCAGCUCCUCUAGCCUGUCCUCUAACCCCACCUCCCCUGCACCGACACAAACCUACAUAUUAAGCAGACGAUAUGCAACCAAGGCAUGCACUCCCUCCACAUCCUUCACCACGAGCUGUGCUCAGACAUCAGGCAGACAUGAGGAGCAGGGGACGAGUCGUAAAGAGAGUAAAUGGGGGACCUUGAAAAGCUGCAGGAGCCUCCACCCCAACUCUUGGCUGAGGAAAGACCGCAGAUUGUCCUUAACUCAGCAAGAAAGCCUGGAAAAUAACUCUGCCAGCGCAAAUACAAACAUAUUCACCAGUGACGAAUAUUAGUACCUUUGGCAAGAAUGUAUGAAAAUGAAAGUCACUUGUAGCUUGAGCAUCUUAAGUUGGAAAAUUGUAUACAACAGUCUUUGUUAAGCAUAAACAUAUAAUAGAUUUCAUUUAAACUAUGGUUGUUAUCUAAUAUGUACAGUUAAUGGCCAUCCGAAUGUAGAAGUUUAUCAAUGCAUUUGAGUCGACUGACGGACUGUCAAAGCGAAACCUUUGCCCCCUAGUGGACAUUUUGACAUACUGCACGUACUAUUUGCAUUGCAUUAUCGCUUCUUGUCCGUGCGUGCAGAUGAAUGGGUAUGGGCAAAUUAGAUGAAAGCUCGUGUGAAUAACCUAUUUUGUCUAUGAAAUAUGCAAGUCAUGGCCAAAUACAACUGCUAAAAUUGCCAUUGUUCGGAUUGGAAAAACAUUUAUAAAACUUGCACAGAAGUUGAGUCAGUUAACCUUCAAUGUAAUUUCCCGUAGUAGAACAUCAUUUUCUCUCUCCCAAUGUGUUGAAAAAGAGCAAGGCUUUUCCCCACCAAUGUAUAAUAUCAAAUGCACGUUAACUUGCCAUGAGAAAGCUGACUUUUUUAUGACUUUAUUUUUGUCUUGACCCAAACCCUUAUAUAUACUGUAUAAAUGUGUCCUAGCUAUGUACAAUCACAUGGUUACAUGAAAGUUGGCAUCAAACUGAUCAGGAAAUGGGGGCGAUGCGCACAUGGUGGAAUUACAAUAAAAACAUUUGCAUGUCAGUCACAGGCCGUCACCAUUUUGCUUGUCACAGUUUGUCCUUUCAAGCGUGACGUUACGUUACAACAUUCCAUUACCGAAUUCUAAAAAUGUCACUUGCGUCCACGUGCUUGUUUAGUUGCAAACGACAACUAGCAAACAAAGCGGACCUACCAUCGCCGCUGUGUAUCUGUACACCGUACGACGUCACGCUAAGAGGAGCCGUCUUUACUCUGUCUGAUGUCGGCUACGCUCUCUGGGACACGGGCCACCAUCCCCUCCAAGGACCUGCUCAGGCAGAUCUGGCAACCCAGACGCGACCUGCGGCGGUGGGGAAUGCAAAGUUACCACAGUGAAACCUCUGUGGUUGAAUACAAGCCAUAACAGGGAGCUGGUUACAUUCAGACAGGUUAGCGGUCCCAUUGUGAAAUUGAUAAAAAUAGCGGGGGCGGGUUCUGCGUGUCCUUACGUGUCAGUGAGGCCGUACGCCAAGUCCAACAUGUCCAUCUCCUCGUCUGUGACCGGCCCCAACUUCUUAUAGACGUCCUCAUCGAAGAUCAGAUGGCAGGUGGAGCACGCCAGCGUUCCCUCGCAUGCUCCUGCAACCAGACACGCGCUGAGUGAGUCAAAGAGGUCCUCGUUACGUGUCGGGCAAGUCUGCUUGUUUACAAACCAAAGCCGUCAAAGUCAAGGUCUUCGUUAAUGACGACGUCAAGCAGAGAGUCUCCCGGAGAUCCUUCAACUGUUAUCUUCUCACCAUCUCUAUUGACGAAGUGGACCGUUACUUUGUUUGACCUGACGUGAGAAAGUGACAGAAAUUGUGUACAGUGAUCCCUCGUUUAUCGUGGUUAAUUUGCUCCAGACCUGACCGUGAAUGUCCGCCCCCCCCCCAUAUGCAUGCUGCUACUCGCAUACUUUACUUUUCCUGCUGGUUCUGUGCAAUGGGAAAUAUGUUGGUAGAUGUAACCUUCCAAUUAUUAAAAAUAACGGAAGUA